AUGUCUGGCGCCGCAAACAGGCAGGGGAAGAUGAUCAAUUUCCGCAUGAAAGUCACUCUUGCAGAUGGCAGGCAGAUGGCAGGACAGAUGCUCGCUUUCGACAAGCACAUGAACCUUGUUCUCGCCGACACAGAAGAAUUCCGCCGCACGCGACGAAAGGGCAAGGCCGCCCCAGGCGCCGCGCAACAAGUUACUGAGACCGAAGAACGACGCGCCAUUGGAUUGACCAUUAUUCGCGGCGCACAAGUGAUCUCUGUCUCUGUCGACGGACCACCUCCAGCAGACCCUGCUGCGCGACUUGGAGCAACUGGCGGUCAGAGCACGGCUGCAGCUCUGUCUGCAGGCCCUGGCAUUGCCAGACCUGCUGGACGUGGCUUGCCUGUUGGCUUGACUGGACCAACGCCUGGUGUCGGAGGACCUGGCCCAGGAUUUGGACCUCCAGGAGGUUUCCCAGGCGCGCCCGGUGGCUUUGGCCCGCCUGGUUUUGGACGCGGAGGACCUCCAGGAGGACCGCCUGGCUUUCCACCGGGCGGACCACCUGCUGGUUUUGGAGGCCCACCACCUUUCGGCGGCGCGCCACCAGGGUUUCCUCCGGGCGGACGAGGUGGACCACCUGGAUUCGGUCGAUAA